UGCCGCGUGAUGAUGGUUUGAAGUGAGAGCAGCAGCCGCAGAGAGACCGAGAAACGCAGCAGAACCAGACUCUUCCUGCGGAGGUUCUUCGCUUUAACUUCUCUCUGGGAUGUUCACGCGGCGGCAGCUGUGCGGGACUAGUACCGAGCGCGCGUGUGCGUGACUGGACUCUGGUUCGGCUUGAUGGACACAAACAACAACAACUCAGCAGGAGGUGUGAUCUCCUAUGUGGGUUCAUGUGGAGGCUCUCCUUCCAGAGCAAGUCCAGACUCCAUGUACAGCGAGAACUUCAACCCCUGCUUCUCCUCCUCCUCUUCUUUGUUACCCUCCUUCCUCAGCAGCAGCUCCAGUUCAGGCUCUGCAGGAGACGACGGCUCGUCCUCCACCUCCUCCUCUUCAGCAGGAGGUUCUCCUCAAGGCCGAGACGAUGGCAGCGAUGGCACCAGCAUCUCUCAGAGAGCUUCGUCCAGGAAGUCUGUGGCCAGUUUGAACAAGCUGAAUGGCAUGGUGCUGCUCUGCAAGGUCUGCGGGGACGUGGCCUCUGGUUUCCAUUAUGGAGUGCACGCCUGUGAAGGAUGCAAGGGCUUCUUCCGCCGCAGCAUCCAGCAAAACAUCCAGUAUAAGAAGUGUCUGAAGAGUGAGAGCUGCACCAUCAUGAGGACCAACAGGAACCGCUGCCAGCAGUGCCGCUUUAAGAAGUGCCUUUCUGUGGGCAUGAGCCGAGACGCUGUUCGUUUUGGCCGGAUCCCGAAGCGGGAGAAGCAGAGGAUGCUGGCUGAGAUGCAGAGCGCCAUGAACAACAUGGUUAACAACCAGCUGCAGAACGACUUUCAACUCGCCAGUCUGUCCUCUUCCUCAUCGUCCUCCACACCCUUUCCAUGUCCGGGUGUGACCAUCGCUCCACAACCCCAGCCGUCGGUCCUCCCAGUCGCUCCUUCUUCCCUCUCACCUGCACCACCUGCCUCUUCCUCCCAUCCAUCUCCUCCUCCUCUCUCUUGUCGGAGCACCUCCUCUUCCUCUCCACCCCCCAGCCCUGGGACUGACUCCACCAUUAAUGCCAUUGCCCGCGCUCACCGUGAAACCUUCCUUUACGCACAAGACAAGCUGACCAAUCCCCAUGUUCCACCGCAGCAGCAGAGUAACAACGCCCACCACGAUGAUGGGGAGGCGGAGCUUUGGUCUAACCGCUGUCAUAAUCGCUUCGAUUCGAAUGGCUACAGCAAAAACAACAAUAAUAAUGAAAAGAACGCCAACAAGGACUGCUACCUGCUGCAGGAUCACAGCACCAUAAAUCACCAUAGCAACAGGGGGUGGCGUUUGCCACACAGUUAUCUGAAUGGAGGAGAGAGUCAUGCGACUCAGAGGCCUACCUGUCCAUUGAAGAAUUGUUCUGGAAUUGUUCUGGCUUGUCCAAUGAACAUGCAGCCUCAUGCAGACCCUUUAAAGACCUCCCAGGAGAUCUGGGAGGACUUCUCGCUGUCCUUCACCCCCGCCGUCAGGGAGGUGGUGGAGUUCGCCAAACAUAUCCCAGGAUUCAGUGCUCUGUCCCAGAACGACCAGGUCACCCUGCUGAAAGCUGGCACCUUCGAGGUACUGAUGGUGCGAUUCUCGUCAUUGUUCAACAUGAUAGAACAGACUGUGACUUUUGUCUCUGGCACCACCUAUUCCUUGGAGGAGCUUCAAGCAAUGGGGAUGAAUGACUUGUUGGCAGCCAUGUUUGACUUCAGCCAAAAACUGGCCUCACUGAAGCUGAACGCUGAGGAGCUGGGACUGUUCACUGCCGUGGUUCUGGUAUCUGCAGAUCGCUCCGGGAUCGAGAACCUGUCAUCUGUGGAACAUCUUCAGGAGAACCUGAUUCGAGCGUUUCGCUGUUUGGUUAACAAGUCGACCGGGCCUAACAGCGACCAUCCCAACAUGGACUCACCGCGGUUCACCAAACUGCUGCUGCGCCUACCCGACCUGCGGACACUUAACAACAUGCACUCAGAGAAGCUGCUGUCCUUUCGCAUUGACCCCUGAUGACCUCACAUAUCACAUCACUGUAACAAAGGCAUGCUCCCCGCCAAAAUAAGAGUCUGCUUACACAGCUGCUCUUCAGGGGAAAUAACUCUUGAGAGAUUUGCACUCUGACACAUUCCCACUUCCUGAUGGAAUCUUCAUCAUCCCUGAUGGUUCUCUGGGUUAAACCUCCAGAUAUCCUCUUGGAAAACCAGGAUACAUGGAGACAGGAGCAGCUGGAACAGCAUAACAGCACAAUCCUGAGCUUUCCAAAACUGUCUUGUUUGUUCGCAGGAACUUGACUGCAGAUUUGGCAAACAGAACACAGAUCCAGAUGCUCACCUCACGCCUCAAACAUCUUCAUCUGAGUACACAGAUAUAGUAUUAGAUCUGAAUCACCAGAUCUGGAACCAGGUUUGUCCCUCUGAAUAUUUAUGAGCUCUACAGAUCCAGAGUCUGACUGGAUUGUAACUUCCAGCACAAAGCUCUUCAGGACAAAUGUCCAGCUCUUCCUGACAGUCUCUGAGGCAAUGGAGAAAAGAGGCAGCUGUGACAGACAGCUUUAUGGACCAAUGAGACGGCGGGAUGCUGAGGAACACCUCAGCUGAACCUCCGCCUAGAACCUGUAAAUACUCCAAGCAUCCAGUUGUUGCUUGUCUGCCUCUGAGUUAUACUGAUAUUAUAAGAGUUGCGCACAAAGUGUCUGUCUCAAGAAAAUCUUCCUAUGUCUGUAUUUUAGUCUGACCAUUUAUGUAAUAAUAUAAAUUCUCACUGAAGAUA